AUGUCGAACCUAUUGCAAAGCGUGCUCAGCUCGCGGCUGGCCAACGCAACCCUUGGAGGCGGUUCCAACGAUUCUUCUGCCGACAGUCCACCUCAAUCCAAGGAAGGCUUGAACGACUGGGAGCAGGUGGAUACCGACGACGAGCUUGUCAACGUGGGAUCGGCGCCAGCCACAGCUGCAGGUACACCACUCGAACGCAGUCGGCCAGCGUCUCCAACACGUGCCCACUCAUCGUCUCGCCUAGGUGUAGAGACGGACACGACCGAUUUCGAAAGCGACGUCGACAGUAACACUGGAUCGUCAUCCAAGCAGCUGAGCGCCAGCAAACUGCGCACCACCACUAGCCACACCAAAAAGCGAUGCUCCAAGGCGAGCAAAACCGACCCUCUGCGUGCGUUCACGAGCGAAAUCGCUCAGCACAUUUUCCUCCAACUGCCCGUGGAAUCGCUCCUGGCCUGCUCUGGCGUCUGCAAACGCUGGCGUCGAUCUGCUACGCUCAAUUACAGCUGGUAUCGCCACUACCAACACAGUUUUGCCGCCAGUUCACUCGACUCUGCCCUACCCGCCCUUCCCGCCUGGGGAAGCGGAGGAGCGAAAUGGACGCGUCGCGAAAGCAAAACCGACUGGAAGACACAGUAUGGCCGUCAGAAACGCAUGGAGGCCAAAGAUGCAGCGAGGGCAGAAUCCUUGCCUGGCUCAGGCACAGCGACGCCCUCGAGAACGCAGAGGAUGCAGGAUGCUGGCAUACAGACCACGCACGAGGCGAGGAUGCAACAGUGGAAAGAAGAGUCGGAUGCGCAAUGGACAAAACAGGAAAUGCGCGAUUACUACAAAUCCGGCGCCAAGGGCGGCAAGUUUAAGGGCAAGAGGGAAAAAGGCGGUGUCAAGACGGGCGCUGCUGGAGAUGGCGGGUUGUGGGAGUAG